GACACUGGAUGUAAUAUUCAUCUUCAAUUGACAUUGAGAGUUACACGUCACCAAGACAGCCAUCGUCAUGACAAAUCUGAUAAGCAACCCUCCCGGAGACUGCUGCGCGCGUGGCGUCAAACAUACGGGUAAGGCCGUCGGUACCAUUACGACCCUCAAAGCUAGGUCCUCCGUCUCCCAAAAGCAAGUUGAAGCGUAUAUCACCUACCCAGCCAACAAGUCCACUCACACCGCGAUCCUAUUUCUUACGGACAUUAUCGGCCAUAACACCAUCAAUGCACAACUUCUUGCAGACCAGUAUGCGGCCGACGGAUACUUUGUUGUUGUGCCAGAUCUCUUCGAGGGCGAUGCGGUUCCCUUGAAUCGUCCCGGCGAUUAUGAUCUCCCCUCUUGGCUGCAAAAGCAUCCAACGAAUUUGGUUGAUCCUAUCGUUGAAGCCACCCUCGGUGAGAUGCGAGACACCUUCAACUGUCAGCGCAUCGGCGCGGUUGGGUACUGCUUUGGUGCCAAGUACGUCGCACGGUUUCUUGGCCAAGGAAAGAUCAAUGUCGGAUAUGUAGCCCAUCCCUCAUUCGUGGAAGAAGCGGAGCUGGCUGCCAUCAAGGGCCCCCUUUCUAUUGCUGCAGCCGAGCAUGACACAAUCUUCCCUCCCGAGAAACGUCACCAUGCCGAGGUCAUCCUCCCGAAGACCGGCCAAGCUUGGCAAAUAGCUUUGUAUGGCGGGGUAUCCCAUGGCUUCGCGGUGCGUGCUGAUAUCAGCAUCAAGUCGAACAAAAUCGCAAAGGAGCACGCCUAUUACCAAGCGGUACAAUGGUUUGAUAGUUACUUGAAAAGCGUGGAGUAAGAUCUAAGGUCAUCGGUUGAAGAGCACAUAUCUCUCUAGAAGUCGUUAUAGUAUAGACCAUCAGCAUGGACAUAGAAUAGAGAAGUGAUGAUAAGUGUUUCC